CAGUCGCAUUCGCUUUCAGUUAGCUAGUUGGUCCACAAAGGUGCAGCCUUGUUUACAGCUAGUGUUACGCAAAAAAGGUGGCAGAACAUCAAGACUCACAAAAACGACCACAGACAGGUAUCUUUCGUCACCAACCAAAAAACGAUCUUCUCUCGGUAAGUUGGAAAUGAAGACAAUAAAAUGCCAACCCGAAGCUACAAGGAUGCAUUCUAUUAUUGUCGAUCUUUAAUGAAACAGUCGCUCCGGUCCUCCGUGUGAUUGAUUCUCACCAUUUUGCGUCUUGCUUCAAGAAUGUCUGGAACUCCCGAUCAUCCGCACGAUCCCGCGGACGUCGCUAUUCAACAGGGAGAAACGAACAAGCUCUCGUUGUCCAAUCCUACAUCUCCCAUGUCAAUGGACGAUGAGCAGCCUUUUCCCCAUACACCUAUAGAGGACAGCGACCAAAGUCGAAGCUCGGCUGCAAUUUUUGUAUCCCGUGUUUCUCAGCCUCUGGUAACCUUGCCUCCUUCUUCAAGACAUUUGGCGCGUACUGCGGGGUCUUCGAAGCGUCAUGAAGGAGGCGAAAAUCCAGUGUGGUUGGCUCAGCCUCCCUCAGUGUCAUCCAUCAGUCACCGAAAUAUCUGUGAUUUUGGAAACAAAGGAUUCGACAGCGACCGGGGUUGGUAUUUGCGAGAGUCUUGCUUGCUCUCGAUGGAAGUUGGCAGUCAACGUCAAGUCGUUAGCACGCCGUGCCGACGGGACUGCAAUGGGCAAAUUAUGCCCGUGGCCGUCCAGUCACCUCUCAUUAGCCGCGACGAGUCUUUUUUUCGCGAUCGCAAGAAGGUUCUCCAAGACGCGAUGUCCGAGCGUUCCAAGUACGACAUUCAACUCAACAACGAAGUCGGGGCGUUGGGAGGCGCCUGGCGUGGCAUCGUCAGGAGGUUCAUGUUGUGGGCCUUUGACAACGUCAACGCCUUGCAGCUGAGUCGGGCCUUGCAGCUUCAGUUGCCCUUUCAGACGGGCUACGAGUCCUACUUGACCUCGCAAGUCAUCGAAGCCCUUGACAGGGGCGAUCCCAGCGAAGUUGCUGAUGUCUUGAGUGCCGCGUUUCUCAACCGGAAUGUCUCUCGCGUCAUGGUCCAGAACCUAGGACCUCGGUACGAUCUUUUGUGGCAUUGGAGUACCGCCAUCACCUGGAAUCGGGCCUUUGACGCUUGGGGGCAGUUCCCGCUCGUAGGCAUUACGGGUUUCCCUGCCACGGAGAACUUUCCUUCUACGCGCAACCACGCCUUAGCAUCCAUCUUUCGGGUGCUAUUGGGACAGGGUAACUGGAUCACUCGCGUGGUCACGCAAGGACGAGAAGGAAUAUUGACGGACAACCCAAACAACAAGGCGCAGAAUCUCGCACCCGAGUCCAACGGCUUUGAACUUGCAAACCGCAACCAGUACGGAACUUACUUCGGACGCGUCAAGACGAACGAGUUUCGAUACGCACAUCGGCUUCCUACUGACGAGUCAAUCGUACGGACCUUUGUCGCUAGCCCGAUGGCCACGAUGUCCAACAAUGGGGUUGUACACGUUCUUCGCAUGCUUGACAAGCACUGGCACAAUAUGCUCUCACAAGAAUGGGGCAAUUUCGCUCACCAGCGAAUGGAACAGUUGGACCCCUUUGAAACUCUCCGUUUCCAUAUGCCCCUAGUCCUCGUUACGCUCUCAAAUUUGCGAGGUCGCAACGCAUGGGAUGCCGAGGUUUUGGGCCCGGCUGUUCGCAAGUUGCAGGCUCUGAAGCCUGGUCUGGAUACUGCUGCUGCUUGGAAGCUGGCAAAGGAGUUGGUGGAUGAUGUAGCGGUGACUGUAUCGGGUGGUGUUGCCUCCGUCUUUGUACCCCUUCGAUCCUGGUUGAAAGCUAUAAGAGAAUCCUUGGACCGUUUGGAACGUAAAGCUGGAGAAGUCCUGAAGAUUGUCUCGUCUGUCGAAAUGGGCAUUCGCCUCGGGCAUGAUCUUGUAACCCAAGUCAGUUGGAAGGUGCCGUCGGAUAGCGUUUUGAAGGCUGCAAUUCUAAAUCAUAUCCGAGGGAAGGACAAACAAGCUGUCAUAGCGAACGAUCAGGAUGCUGCCGACGCACCAGACGCGAACGCUGUGGACAGUUGGCGUAUCAGGAGUGCUCUUCAAAAGACAACCCCGCGUGAUAUGCGCACGUUGAUUGAGCUUGUCAAGGGCAAUCUCGAGCACAUGAAGGCUGCCCAGUUACUCAUUGGACGGGUCAAGACGCUGCUCCAACGAGAACUUCGUCGUGGAUAUUUGAACCAAGCUAUCCGUGACUUGUCUAAAGGACCAUACAUCAACGGUCCUUUGAUGCGGGAUGAAUGGUACUGGCUAGAAGAGGAACACGGCCAAGGUCUUCACAUUUACAUAGGCAAGAUUCCUGACAGCGGCCUGCAUCAAUUCAUCCACGUCGAUUCCGGCAACGAUAAAACAAUUUCGUUGUCGAAUGGAAAGGUACUAGCGCGAGCGUACAUUCCCGUACCGGAAUCCAUUUCUCGAGCGCAAAAAGCGUUUAUGACGAUUGAGCUCGAGUAUGGCAAGACUUUCAAGUACAGUGCUUUUAUGGAGUUUUCCAUGCUCCGGAUCGCCCUUCAACGACUUGUUGUUGUGUCUCAAAUGAAUUGCGAAGAACUCGACAAUGCGCGCUUGAACGUUCUUCGGGAAAUACAGCGUUCCAAGCAAACCGUACUCGGUCCUGAGGACCUUACGCCUGGCAACACGUACUAUACAUUCGACGAAUCCAAACGACAGUACAUACCGUUUCUUUGCGAACCAACGAAUUCGGUUUCCACGCAGUCGAAGAGAGCCAAGUAUGUGCGUGCACCGCCACAAUCCGUUCUUGUGGUGGGAGGAGGCCCGACCGGGCUCUUGACCACAAUUCAUUGUGCUGAAGCAUGCUUGGCUACUGGAGGAGCCAUGAAACUCCAAGAGGCCCGUGAUGCAUUUGCGCAAGGAGGGUCUACAUUUGAACGAGCCCAAGUCGUUCGACUUGAUGCUCGUUGGAUUUCCAUGCUCCGAUACCAUCUCGGUACAAUUUUUGAGGACGUUUACAUUCCAGCGUCUGGGGAAACCGACGCACAGUUGGGCAAUACCCUACCAACGCAGGGCUUUGUUGAGAUUACAAUCAAAGACUUGGAGAGUUCGUUGCACACAGAAGCGUCGCGUCUUUGGUCUCGAGGUAUCAUUUUCGUCCAUACAGACUCCAAGGCCCGAUAUGACGCAACUUCGAACUCCAUGAUAAAGCAGGGCAAAAAUCUGAAAGACGGUGAUGUCGUUUUGCGUCCGGUGGAUUCGCAUGGAAAGGAUUCUUCUCACUUUCACUCCUGGAAAGUUUCGGAAGUGCGGUACACAAAGGUAUUAGGGAUCGAAGACCUCAAAGUUGGGGAGGAAUACGGAGUUUGGAUUCAUCAAGAACAGAAAGUUCUCCCGUAUACACUCGUAGCGGUGGAUCUCGAUACCGAGUUGUACACAUUCCGAUCCCAUUCGAAGGACAAAAGUAAGUUGUGUGUCAACGCAAAGAAUCUACCCUCCAUCUACCCUCCCGGAACGACUACGAAAGCCCACGCGGGUGUCCGUGAAGUUGUGUUCGAGGGCCUAGGAAACCGACAAGAGGGGGAACUACCAAAGCAAACAGUUCCAUUUGAUCCGAUUGAAAAUGUCAAUUUUACGCUGGAUCUCGGAAAUACCCAUGUUGUCGAGGCCAUCGGAAAACAAUACCCCUCAGACGUUCACAUCGGUGUCACCACAAAAGAGCCUUAUGGCGUGUGUUGUAUGCAGGGGUUGAAAGUGUCUAUGGGUAUGCACAAUUUUGGAGAAAAACGAUGGGGGACUGGGAUCCUGGACGAUAUACGUUCGCAAAACGAUCAGAACACGAGAAUCAUCGGUGAUUUCACCAAGAUGGUCAGGGUUGUGCCUAUCGUAGAGCACAUGUAUCAGACCAUUUCCAAGGAUAAGGAUUGGCGCAUGCAUUUCAGCAACGUCAUCAAGGAAAGUGGGUUUCCGGAAGUGGCCGACUUGCAACCUGUGCUCCCUGAACUGGUUGAGGGAUGCAGAUUGCUCUCGCAAGCAUCGUUGAAUUUUCGCAGAAAAACUUUGCAGACUCGUUUUUUCGAAACAGGGGACAAUUAUUAUCUCGGCAUGGAAUUUCCCAGAGAAUACGAUGCUUGGAAGAAUGCGCUGUCAUUUAGCUUGGUGAAGAAAUUGUCUGCAACUGGAAUAAACUCCAGAGCGGUCGAACGUCUCAGGUCAUUUUUGAUGCAUCAUAUUGAUCGUCUGUGGUACAACGGGUGCUUGGAGACUAUCCGAACCGGCGAUGUUUACAAUCCAGGAGCACGCGAACGCGUUCCUCGCCUUUAUCUUAUCAAUUCGUACAUGGAAAUGUCCCUGAGCGCCUUGCCAAUCGGUGAGAGCUUUCGGCUGGUCUCCGAUCCACAGUCGAAGUACGAAGUUCUGGCGAUUUCAUCGUCUACGAUUCUUGUGCGUAACGUUGAAGGGUACUUAUCUAAAUUCAAGAAAUCGACAAAGGUCUUGCGUGAAGGAAAUCUGACUCGGGGUCCCGAUGGGAACCAAGAGUCCAAAGUGGCGUUGGCUACGUUCGAUGUGGGUCACUAUGUUAAUCAUCGCACCAUGCGUCUGUUGAACAAGGAUCAGGGCUACGUUUUCGCUUUCAUCGGAGACGAGCAAGCAACACCUCACUUUAUGCGGUACAGUGGGUUGACUGGUGCAUGUAUCAACGCCAUGUCUUUCAACAACUUUAUCACGGAUGCUGGUCGCGGUGUAUCCUUCGAGGAAAGACUGCAGCAGUAUUCCGAAGAGACGGACUGGUCAAAUGGAGAAGUGGUCCAGCGAGGUACUGGUGCAAAUUAUGGGGACGAUGGGUUUUUACGACCGGGAUUCUCGUACCGCGACGGAGUAGCGUUCUUGUAUUCAAAAAUAGUUGAAUUCGGGGAAAUGGGAAAAGAUGUGAAUAAUCUGCUCACCCGAGACUGGAUGGUGAAGCUUACCGCUUCCCUUGUACCUAGAGGCAUGGAACUAAACCGAGUGUUCCUCGAAGGUCUGCAACGGCACUGGAAGGCAGCUGUAUUUGACAAACUAAUGGCCUCGGUGAAGUCCGAUAUUCCUGUUGAUGAAAAGGGAGCUAAUGUUGUGGAUGCGCUCCGAUCUAGCAGCAGCACUCUAGUGGAGAAGAAUGCUGCGUCGCCUGUUUAUUGGGACGAGUUGACAACGAGUUUACAAGUGGACACCGCCACUAGAGACGUUCUCUCCACACGACAUUUUCCCGUUGCGAAACGGCUUUGUGAGAUUAUCAAUGAGCUGAUCGAUUUUGCUAGCAAGGCCUAUGUUUACAACGAGCGAAUUAGUUCAGAGCUGAGCAACCAACCGAAAUCAGUGGACUCGCUUAUUGACGACUUCUCCGUGGAGGCGCAGAACUUCGCGAACUCCUUGACCCAAUCAGCAGCGUUUGCAGCAGGUGUGCUUGCGUUUCGUCUGGUGGGUAGCAACGUCGCCAACACGUUUUCCGCAGUGUUUGCGGGGUUAAAUAUUCUCAUUGCGUUCGGAACCAUGACCAACGUAUCUCGUUAUAAGAUUCGAAAUGAGGAAUGGCGCGUCUUUUUCGCAGACCAGAAGUUUUCUGGCGUGAAGUGCGCUGUGUUCGCUUUGUUAAGCAAGGAUGACCAAGAUUCUACACCAUUGGAGCAAAAUCCCUUUAUUGAUAUAUUGGAGAAACGAGUCAAGUUGUUCAGAGAGGCCGCUGGCUACUAUGGGUACAGCGACCCAACUGAGUUUGAUGAGGCGUACCAACAAUUGAAGUCUCGUGCCAACGACGCGAGUGAACUCCAAAAGUUUCGAGAUUUGUUGGUGACGGACCUGCUUGUGGAUACGUACCAUGUCAACAGCUAUGUGCAAGAAAAGCUUGUUGAUGUUUUCCGAGUCCUCGACGAAAUGAUUUUUUUGCUCGACAGCAGGAAGUCCAAGUCCGCAAGCAAGGCCAAGCAGCUGUUUGACCAGUUGCUCGCGUAUGAUUCGGUGUUGGAAGACUCUUUGCAGCGAGGGCCGGUUCGCUUUGGUUUCAUCAAGCAGCGAAAGUUUUUGCAUUGGAAUUUGAUAGCAGCUGUCCGGUACCUCGGCAAGGUAUUGUGUUGUAUUCCGAGAUCUUGUCAAAGUGAUCGUGCUUUGUUUCAAAGUGGAACUCUCGGUAUUGUGAGAAGUCUUCAAUCACUUUCAAAGGAACAGGAUUCGAAAGUUCUACGGCGAGAGAGCAGGGACUUUGAGACUCUCUUGUGGGCAACACGCGAAAGCGAGAUUGCGUCCUUAAUAUUUCUCUCGGGCUUCUUUGUUUUCUUCGCCUCCGUUCUUUUCAGUGUUGCUCGAAUUUUCAACAUUGAUUCGCUCGAAAAUGCCGCAUUCUGGGCUAAUGCGGUAUCCUCGUUUGGCGCGGUUUUGGCCGCAUUCCAUCUUGUCCGGAAAUUCUCCAUUUUGUUCGGUCUAUGGGUAACCCUUUGGUUGAAGACAAGUAGUACGGAAGGAAUGGAUCAUAUCAAUAUUCGUCGGAUUCGUGACGUGACAUCAAUUCAGGCUCUUCUGACCUUAACCCGUCUAGCUGCUGCCUCAGGUGCUGCUGUGGCCUUACCUUGGUCAGUGAUAGAGAACGCUUUUCCUAGUGUGAUUACGCUGGACGAAGACUAUCCAUUUUGGCUUGCUUCGGGUGCUGUGUGUGCCGCAAUUCUGGCGACAGUGUUUUUCUUCGUGGUUGAGUAUGUGGUCCGGUACAAUCUCAGCCCCCAACUUGGACCUUUUGUCAGUGAACUUUUCCGAGACGAAAUUGAAACCAUGUUCAACGACUUGGCGCAGCGACAAAAUGAUAUAGACACAAAGGUUGUCCAGGACCGUGAAAACUGGGAGUAUGUUGCGAGAGAAUUUUUGCACAAAUACCGUUUCGAUACGGUGUUUGCAGCUGAUCGGUUUGGGACUAUUUUUCAAUACAUACAAGCUGGAAUGGAAGGGAGCAGUGAUUCCAAAAUUGAGAAUGAUUGAAGGAGCUUUACAUUUGCAUUAAUUUUAUAGUGGUAGCGUUGAUAUAAGUG